CGCGCGCGUCUCGCGAGCUGCGCGCAUGGGGUGGAAAUGGGGCUAUUGUGGCUGGUCAGCGCAUCACCCUGCAAGUUGCGGCAGGGUUGGCGUUACUUUAGGCGGGCCGUCAACAGCAACAUGGCGUUUACGAACGGUCUUGUUUCGGUGACGCCGCAUAGUAGCAUGGCGUGUUGGCAAAGGAACUCGUGGUGUUGUGUGUUCGCAUUUUUGUUCACUUUCGUCGUACUUCAGCACGCGCCUUACGCGUACUGUGCCAGUGUAAGCGCGCAGGAUGACAGUUUGAACAACAACGUGGCUCCUGGCGCUGCCAGCAAAUUAAGGCGUGUUGAGCAGCCGAGUGUUGUGAAGCUAGCUGAAGAUCCUGCAUGUGCCAGUGAAUUGCAGCAUCUGUGCUCUCCUAGCCAAUUGAAAAACAAUUUUAAUGUCUUGGACUGCGUUCAGAACGCCCAUCGAAAAGAAGAUGAAGGGCUGUCUGACGCUUGCCAUCAUUUACUCUGGAAAUAUCGACGGGAUAUCACUCAAGACAACCGGUUCAAUGAUGCAGCAUCAAAGUUUUGCAAACGACUGAUGGAAAUGUUUCCUCAGUGUUUACCAGGUGAUAAGGGUCAGCUUCUGGCCUGCCUUAUAGACCACAGUGAGAAUGCAACAGAACCGGAGUGCCACACAUUCUUGGAGCGCAUGCAGUCAGUGGUCUUCUCAGACUACCGGCUUGUGUACAAAUUUACGGAUGCUUGUGGCUCAGACAUUGACCGCUUCACUUGUGGACGGAUACCAAAGAUUUCUGAUGAGCGCCACUCGCAGGGAGCGACACUUGAGUGCCUAUCACGUGUAAUUAACCAGCUUCAGGAUAACUGUCGUCGGGAGUUACUGCACUUGGCCAGACUUCAAGGGGAGGAUUUUCAUUUGGAUCGGCCCCUCUUCUUUGCGUGUCAGGAAGACAGAGACCGCCUGUGUCCUCACGUGGCAUCAGGGGAAGGUCGCAUCUAUCGUUGCCUUCUGCGCCACCGCUCCAACAGAGAGAUGAGUGAACAGUGCCGUGAGAAGCUGGCGCAGAGGGAGCAGCUGACGAUGCAGGACUUCCGGGUGAGCCAAGGUCUGAGUGGAGCAUGCCUGCAAGACAUCCGCAUGUAUCGCUGUCGUGAAAAGACCUCAAAUCGCCGGGAGUUCCGCUUGGCCCAGAUCCUCCUUUGCCUUGAGAAUGCAAUGCACAAAGACUACCCAGUGGGAGCUGAAUGCCAACAGGAAAUGUUGGAGCACCGUCGCUUCCUUCUUGAGAACUACCAACUCACACCAGACUUGGCAUCAUCAUGUGAGCAGGAUAUUGCAACCUUCUGCCGGCGGCGUCUUGAGCCCAAUGGCAAAACCCUGCACUGCCUAAUGAGGCACGCCAGACCUUCAGCCCAAGGCAACCAGCGUCUCUCAGACCAGUGCCGUCGACAGGUGGAGCACGUGCUGAAGGUUUCUGGUGCUGGAGAAGAUUGGCGAGUGGACCCUGUUCUCCAAGAAGCCUGCCAAUCCACUGCUUCCCACCUCUGUCAGGAUGUCAAGCCAGGGCGGGGAAGGAUGUUGUCAUGCCUAAUGGACCAAGUCAGCAACAUUGCAAUGAAGGACACCUGCCGAGAAGCCUUGCUGCAGAUCCAGUACUUUGUUGCACGUGACUUCAAAUUGGACCCUGUUUUGUACAAGGAGUGCAGGGCAGAUGCAGUGACAUACUGCAAAGCCAAGAAGGAAUGGCAUGAUGACCCCACACGCAUGGACCCAGAAAGAGGCCCAAUAGUGCUUCCUUGUUUGUACCGUUACGCAUACCAUCCAGAUGACAGCGUUCGGCUUUCAAAGCAAUGCCUUUAUGAAAUUCGAAGAGUAAUGCGACAACGAGCUGUCUCCAUUGAUCUACAUCCCGAAAUUGAGGAGCCGUGCAUGCCUGACCUGGCUGGCAUGUGCAGUGACCACCUGGGACGCGGCGAGGAGAUGCAGUGCCUUCAGGAUAAUCUGGAAAAACUGAGCAGGGACUGCCGGGCAGCAGUGGCCAACUAUACUGAGGAGGAAGCUGAGCAUCUAGAGCUGAACUACCCACUCUACCACAGCUGCCAGACUGUGCUGAAGGACCUGUGCAGUGACUUACUUUCUAAGGAUGUUGAUCAGGGAGACCUUCUGGGCUGUCUGGUUCAACAUAAGAAUGACUUUCGCAUGAAAGAGGAUCAACGCUGUAGAGCUGCUCUUGAGCACUUCCAGCUGAUUUCACUGAAAGACUACAAGUUCAGCUAUGCCUUUAAGGAAGCCUGCCGGAAGGACGCUCAGACGUACUGUGGGAACUCGAAGUCUGGUGCUGAUGUUGUAAGCUGUCUUAGCAAGUUGGUGCUGGAUGAUGUCACAGAUGAGAAGACACCACGAGUCUCUUCACGUUGCAGGCAGCAGCUGCGAGCAGAACUUUUCCAAAGGGAAGAAAAUAUCAAGCUAGAUCCAAAACUGGAUGCUGCUUGUGUGUCUGACCAACGUAAUCUGUGUGGCAAUGUACAUCCUGGUGAAGGCGCAAUGCUCGAGUGCCUGAAGGAACAUAAGAAUAAGCUAACUCGAGAAUGCCACAUUGCAAUUUUCCAGCGAGAACGUUUAGAAGCAGAAAGUGUGGGUUUGGACUACAGCCUCACGUUGGCAUGCAAGUCAGCAUUGCGGCAAUUCUGCCCAGAGGUUGAACCCACCCGUGCUCUUCACUGCCUGGCAGACCAUCGGAAAGAACCUACAAUGGAUGUUCGGUGCCGCACCAUGGUGCAGCGCCGCCUGGUGGAACAAAACACAGACUACAGGCUCAAUGCCCAGUUGCAGCAUGCCUGUCGCAUGGACAUUGCCAAGUUCUGCUCAGCUCUUGUGCUUGACAAAGCAGCAGAAAGCACAGAGCUCCAGGGAAAGGUAAUUCAGUGCCUCAAGGCACAAUUUGUGCGGCAUCAGCUGACAAAAACAUGCGAGCCUGUGGUGAUGGGCAUAGUACGUGAUGCAGCACUUGACUAUCAGCUAGAUCCUGUCUUGGCCAGAGCCUGUUCUUCUGAGAUUCAGAGUUCUUGCAAGGAUGACCGUGACAUAGAGGAAUGCUUAAAAUUACACUUUCAAAACCGUGACAUCAAAAACCCAGCGUGUAAGAAGGAAGUUGCUCGUCUCAUACAUGAAGGCAAGGCUGAUGUUCAGGCGGAUCCUAUUCUGUACAAAGCAUGUCUGCAUGACAUCAAGCAUUUCUGCCAUGAUCUCACACCUGGCCAGGGUCACCUGCUUUCCUGCCUUCUUACGGGUUUAGAAUCGGAUACAAUCGCCUUGACGGAAGAGUGUCGAACACUGCUUUCAAAACGAGUGGAAAUGUUUGAAUAUGCUGCUCAGGUGGCACCUGUGGAGUCCAUUCGAGAUGUAGUGCAACAAAUUGCCAACUCUCCUUCACGGAACUACUUUGUAGUGGUAGCCAUGGGUGUAUUAGGCGUCAUCUUUGUAGGGGGAUUGUUUUGUGGCCGUGUUACCAAGAGACUUCCAGCAAACAUCAAGAACAAAUGAAAAUGACAUGUGCAAGUGGGGAAGCAAAGUAACAACAAAGAGUGAAAAAAACAAGAAGAAAAGGAUGCAGUUCGCCUGCUGACAGACCGUACCAUAGCUCCACGUUAUUGCAGUUACUGCAGCAUUGAAAUCCACCUUGAAGUUCACAUGCCUUGUCAAAGGCAGCCAAAGUUUCACCCGUGAGCAUUGUUAGAGCUACCUUUGUGGCAAGACUCACUCAUGCGUGCUUAACGGCAACAGCAUGAUGUGUUUUGUGAGAACAAAGGCCUUCCUACGCACUCUACCAUUGCUGCCAUCUCAAACCUAGUUGUGUCACUUGUAUGAACAAUUGAUUGAGCACCACACUGUCGACACGCUGUGUUUAUGGUCUAUGAUUGUGUUGGUUGUCUUCUUCAGCUCUUCUUUCUCCUUUUUCUUUAGUGUUGUCAUGUUAUGAAGUCAUAGAAAGGGAGUUAGCCUGAUUUGAAAGCUUGCUUGGUGGUCAGGAAUGUUUACAUGGCUUUAAAAAAUUCUUUUGUAAAUUUGUGCUUUGUGUAGAGUGAUACCAUCACUGAAGUAAUAUCUUACCCUGGUAGGCAUUCCACCAAAAGCUGCAUAUUUGUCUUUUUUGUUGUUGUUAUUGCUGUUGUUAUGUCAAUUAUUGUCACUUGCUGUCUUCUGUUCUUUUGGUGUGUUCCCCCCAGUCAUCCUAGGGCACACUACAGAAGACCUAAGAAUCAGUGCACAAUCAAUUUGUGCAUCACUUAUUUCUAAUAUCUCGCAAAUGCCAGGAUAUUUAGCUUUGUUAAGCCUUCCUGCUUCACGUUUUUUGUCACCAUCUUUUGUUGGUGUUUUUAGAUAUGUACUACAUGUAUACUGUAUACAUGUAUGUACAUGUAUACUUUAUAUACUCUAAUAUACACAUAUAUACACAUAUAUUGUAUGGCAGUCUUGCACAUAGGACUGGAUAUUUAGUCAGUGUGGUAUCAUUUUUAUACCUUUUUAACUUAAUGAAACCUUAUAAAAGCAGAAGUUGUAAAGACUAGAUUUUUUGCUGGUUUAUGCAGAGUUUUUCUAACUUCGUCAUUAACGUUCUGGCUGCUUUUUAGCUUAACAUUUUCGACUCUUUUACAGUAUCCAUAUUUUCUUUGAUGCCCUGAAUUACAGCUGCAUUAGUGCUACAUUUUCAAUAAUUGGAAGACGAUGUUAGCAUUUUUGUUAGUAUUACAUGUCACUUAGAUGGAACAGACUAGCAGCAAUAUUUCGUCUCUGAAAAUUUUGUGCUGUAAUCUAGUCUAGCAUUUUCAACUUGUGCUACUGCACCAUCACCCUGUUAAACAUAUUGCCACGUUCAUUUAUUAUGCCUGGUUUAUGCUUUCCUUAAAAUAGUCAAGUCCUGCUUUUGUGCUUCGUAGCAACUUGUAGCUCUUUACUUUGCAUGCGGUUGGAAAAGAGCUCUGGUCUAUAUAUACGAGAUCAUUUGGUGAAGCAUGAAGACUAGUGUACAUCAUGGCCCGUCCAGUGCUACGCAGCCAUUGGUUAUAGGCACAUUUUUUGUAGCUUUUGCCAAAAGGUUGUCGUUGCUUUCUGCAAGAUCAAGAAACUUUGUUGUUGCAAGUAACUUUGAACAAACUUAUUGUGUGUAAAUGCUUUGCAUGCCUUUAUUUUCGUGUGUGUGUGUGUGUAUGUGUGUGUGUGUGUGGCACUGUAUUAGUGCCCUAUUUGUUUGUUCUUAAGAGCAUUCUCUUGCCUUUGUUUCAAGCUCCAUGAGGCACUAAAGUUGACUCUUUGUGUCAACACCUCUAUAGCAUUCCUCUGAAUUUCCAGGAUGUCCUUGUCUGUCAUGAGCAAGCUCCUGUUAAAGGCACAUUCUGCAUCAAGUCUCUUGCCAUGUUAAGUCAUUGACUGUAAUAUGGGCACAUGGCUCUUUUCUACCAAGUUUGUUAAAAAGACAUGACUGCCUGUGAAAUUUGGAGAAUGGUACAUGGCACGUGAGCUGAUGUGCAUCAACUUUCACUGUUUCAAUUAAAGAAAACAGCAUGGGAGU